UGCAUUGGGGAUCCUGUUUCUACUAGUGAAUAAAUCUGACCCAGAAAACAAAGUAUUUAGCCACAGGAUACAGAGACAACAACCUGAGAGAUCAUGUCCUGCAUAAGGAGGCGUUAUCUGGACAUAGUAUCUCCAUAUGGACUUUGAUUAUACUACACAUACAACACAGGCCUGAAUAGAGCCUGCUCUUUAACCCAUUCAAAUAUCAUUUUUAAACAGUUCAGUGUACAGUAUUUAUUUAUAAGCAUGUAGCGACAAUAUACUUGCGUCGCUCUUGAUAUGAUUCUUCCAAAGACUAAACCUGAAAAAUUUGAGAGAUGACCACCCCCAGGUUUAUAGCCUUUAUCACAUCAACAACAGCCAUAUUUAUCACAGCUGUUCUCUCUGCACAACCGAAUGAGGCAGAGAGUAGCUGGCCGAAAUACCAGCUGGAGUACAAUCGGCAAUUCAGUCUCAUCUGUGACAGUCCAGAGCUAAAUCUAACGACCACGACUGAUCACUCAAACAGCUUCUCUCAGCUGUUCUGGAUACUGCCCUCAGGUGAGCAGGUCACAGGUAAUGUGGAGCGGGACACGUUUUUCACCUCAGGGACGCACCCCACUGGGUGGAACCUCACCCUGUUGGCUGUGGACGACACAGACUUUGGGGAGUAUGUGUGCAUCUUAGUCAGGCCUGACCAGCAGAUUUACAGUAUUAAGUUAGGCAUCAAUGUUGACGGGCCAUACUUCGGUGAUCUCUGGGCCAGGUAUCGCUACCGCACCAUGGUGGGCGGAAUAGCUGGUGGCUCCAGCAUGCUGUUAAUCGCCUUAAUCUGUGCUGUCCAUCACUUCAGAUACACGGCUGAGGAGAGAGACAAAUUUCCAGGGGACGUAACUCCGAGAGAAGUUCGUGUCAAACAUCGUUCUUCCUUUACGUAUGAGUAUGAGAACCCAACGGCUGUGUAUACUGAGGAAAUGAGAGAAAUAGAUCCGGAGGAUACAAACACUAAUGACAGAGUUAGUAAAGGUACCAGUCAAAAAUCACGACCAGUGCUAAAAGAUGGGGGAGCCAUGGGAAGCAAUGGAGACUUGUACUAGAUACACCAUUUGUGGUACUGGACUUUAAAAUGAUAUACAGCCAAUGUUCUGUUUUAGCCAAUGUUUUGUUUUAAUGCCUUUUCAACCUAUAUACAUCCUGACAACCCUCUAAAUUACUACUAGUCCUUUUUAGUUUUUGAAACUCUAUAAAAAUAAUUUCUAGCCGAGUGCUGAUAUUGGUAAUUAUGAACACAUUAAUCGGUAUGUAAUAUUUAUACUAGUAUAAUUAUACCUUUGGCCAACCAAGUUAACAGAUACUGUAAAAUUACUCUUUACAGCUGCAACUCUACCACUGUCCACUCUUUGAUCUCCUUUGGUUGAGUGUCUAUAAUGUGACAGCUGAAAGGCAUGAUCUAAUGUUAUCAUGAAGGAUCAAUGAAAUUUUGACUUCGACAGAAGUGGCUUCUGAGCAAAAACCAUUGCCGCCUUUCAUUUGCAGACUUCUCUCUAGCAGUCUGAAAUGAGAGCAAUCUGACUGGACACCAUAAACAGCUAGAAUUCAUUGGGGCUCUACACCUUCUACACCCCAGUCGUGCUUGCCUACUUUCAGCUGUGUCUGUCUUAAUUAUAACAAGUGGAGUCCUCCUAAAUUUUGAGUACUAACCUGAAUCCUGGGAAUGUGGAAGCUCUUUGGGAGACUGCUUUGAUCUUACAUCUUUAGACAACUAUCAAACAAACAGUUCCAUGCAUGCAUGUAGCCACUAAAAUGGCUACACAUUACAUUUUACACUUCUGUUUAUAUUUAUCAUUUAUAAAUUUAAAGCACAGAGUAUAUAGUAUAUAGUAAUCUUUUUUGUUUUACGUAAACCCUUUACUUUGCUCUGCACUAGCUAAGAACAUUUGAACAUUUAAAAUGAAGACAUAUUUCACCAAAUGAAGAUAAAUCAAUUCUUCAUACAAUUUUAGGACUCUAGCUAAAGAACAUAUUAUUUAUUUAUUUGAUUGUUGUUUUAUGCCAUUCUCAAAUAUUUCACUUAUACAAUGGCGGCGAAAAACAUUUUAAGUGAGCCAAAUCAAAUGAGGCAGGUUCAUAACACUAAAAACUUGUUUUUCUCCAUUGACAAGAAAUGUUCUUGAUUUUAAAUAUGUUGCUAAGAGGUAUUUCUGAUUGAACUUUGUAUGCUUUCAUUUGUUGUGAAGGAAAACGCCUGAAAAUGUAGACCAUUUAACC